AUGGCACCCCGGACAAGAGCUGCUGCGCUUAAGAAAGUCGCAUCCAAGCGUAACGCAGGCGUCGCGAAUAAAAGAGAAAUAAUAAAAGCCGCCAAAUUGAGGGAAGAUCAGUUGCAGGACCAGCUUAUUAGACUUAAGGACAAAUAUAUAAAAGCUAAUAACGAAGGGAAGCAACAGCUUAAGAGUCAGUUACAAAAAAAGAGGAAGCUAGUAGACAACGCCGUUACUACGCAUAUAGAGCUGGAUUAUAAAAUCCAGAACGCGGUUAUAAAUAAGCCAAAUGUAAUUAAGCCAGAAGGGAAUAAAAGCGUGUUCCCGACUGGGCGAAAUUCUGGAUCGCAGCCUAACAACCAAUUUGCUUCUGAGGAGAACGACGACGACGACGACGAUAAAAUUGGGCUCGUCCAUGCGAUUGGCGACAUAAAUUUAAACCAAACUCCUGGUAAGCUCGAGAUAUUUUUUAACGGCGGUUUCGGGCAGUACUACGGCGUAUCCCGACAUGGCCCGACAAGCAGAGCACGCUAUACUAUUAACCACAUUGCGAAAACCUACGAGGACCUUCCUAAUAACCUCAGGAAUGAUCCUUCUAUAAAUUUAGACAAAAUCACAAGGAUACAGGGGCGCGCAUCUGCCUUAAAAGGCAAGAUCUAUUGCGUCCUGGCUGUUGCGUGGAAGCAUGUUAGAGAGUACGACCGGAUGUUAUCGCUGGCUCCUGACAGCUGGACCAGGGUGCGGCAGGGCGCAAUCCGUCAAGCGCCUACAAUAGUGAUUAAAGUCUGGUGGGAUAGCGAGGUUAGACCAGUAUCUUGGGAAAAACGCGGGCCCGUGAAAAAAGUAAUAUACCCUGGCGCUAAGCAAGAUGCAUUCCGGGUACCAAAAACCAUCAAGUAUAGUACAAUAAUCAUUUUGGAGAAAGACACCAAUUAUAUACAUAAAGCAGACCAUCUUAUUAUUAAUACGGCCGUACGACAAGAAAAGAGGCAUUAA